CUUAUGUCAGCGCUCUUCCUUCAUUCUACAGUGCCGCAGGAGCGCUGAUUGUCAGUAUAAUAGAAUAAUUAAUAAGAAUAUUCCGACAUUUUUCCCGGUGUAACAGCGUGAUUCUUUUGAGGUUCGUUUUAUUUUAGUACGGUGUUUGUUGGAUUUUCAAGUAUCAAUAAUGGCUCAUUCCUCGACGAGAUUUAUUGUUUCAUCCUGCAGUUUAUUGAAGCAGAAAUCUAACGUUUUAGUUCCCGCAACAAAUAGAAAUGGAUCAUGGUGGUCUCAUGUAGAGAUGGGUCCCCCUGAUGCCAUCCUGGGAGUCACGGAGGCGUACAAGCGUGACACUAACCCUAAGAAAAUGAACCUCGGCGUGGGAGCGUACCGAGAUGACAAUGGAAGACCCUACGUCCUGCCUAGUGUCCUUCAGGCAGAACAGAAGAUCAAGGACAAGAAGAUGGAUCACGAGUAUGCCCCGAUCUCUGGCAGUGCCGACUUCUGUAACCUGAGCAUCAAACUGGCUCUAGGUGACGACAGCCAGCACGUCAUACAGGGACUGAAUGCUACUGUUCAAGGCAUCUCGGGCACUGGGUCUCUAAGGACAGGUGGUGCGUUCCUGGCUAAGUUCUUCCCUUACAACAAGGAGUUGUACCUACCCACGCCCUCUUGGGGCAAUCACAAUCCCAUCUUCAUCCACUCAGGCCUCAAGGUCAACAAGUACCGUUACUAUGACCCCAGCACCUGCGGCUUCGACUUUAAAGGUGCUCUGGACGACAUCAAUAAAAUCCCAGAAAACUCAAUAAUUCUCCUGCAUGCUUGCGCUCACAACCCGACUGGUGUCGACCCCCGCCCAGAGCAAUGGCAGGAGCUGUCGCAGCUUAUCAAGAAGAAGAAGCUGUUCCCGUUCUUCGACAUGGCGUAUCAGGGUUUCGCUUCAGGAGAUGUUGUGAAGGAUGCAUUUGCCGUCCGGUUGUUCUUGAAGGAUGGUCACGAGAUUGCACUUGCCCAGUCCUUUGCCAAAAACAUGGGACUUUACGGUGAGAGGGCUGGAGCAUUCUCCCUUGUGACGUCAACCAAAGACGAAGCUGCCAAAACUCUUUCCCAGAUCAAGAUCCUGGUGCGGCCGAUGUACUCCAACCCCCCAAUCCAUGGUGCUCGCAUUGUUACUGAGAUACUGGGUGAUCCUGCUCUUCGGCAGCAAUGGCUAGGAGAGGUGAAAGGGAUGGCUGACAGGAUUAUCUCUGUGAGGACAGCUCUGAAGGACAACCUCAAGAAGGAAGGUUCUACUAAGGAUUGGUCUCACAUCACUGACCAGAUCGGCAUGUUCUGCUUCACAGGCUUACAACCUGCUCAGGUUGAGCGGCUGACUAAGGAGUUCAGUAUUUACUUGACCAAGGACGGGCGAAUCUCGAUGGCAGGAGUGACUUCCAAGAAUGUGGAGUACUUGGCGUACAGCAUCCACCAAGUCACGAAGUAGACGUUUAGUAACGAGUGCCUCUUGCAUUUACAUGCAUUUCGUCCACCAGAUCAAUGCAUUCACACCGUGUGACCUUUAGAUCUGUUCUCUGGUAUUUCAUUUAUUUUUCUACAAAUUUCAAACCACUGGAAUAUUAAAACUAGGUAAUCAAAUGCCUGGCAGCUAGCCCAUGACUCACUGCCUCGUUAAAGCCAUCACUAAUUAGUAAAUAAACAUUCUCACUGUUAGAGUAGUCUGUGCCUCUGUUAAUUUUCUAAAUCCGUACAGCCGAAGUGGGGUUGAUGAAUGUUGGAUUGCUUAAUUAAAAUCUACAAACAUAAAAAGUCUACGGACAAUCGUGAUGCCAUCAAAACAAUUUACGGAACAUUCUCUGGCAUUGACUUAAACUGAAGGAUUGCUUAGGUAAUGGUUAUGUUCCUAGUUUGGAUCCUAUUAAGAAAACCAGAAAACUACCUCAGGCAACCUGCUAAUAAUGAGUGCUCAAGACUAAUUACCUAUCUUGCCAACUUGUUUUGUAGAAACAACAGUAUCUUUUUUAAAUUUCAACAAGCUUUAGUUAAUCGGUUCUUGUUUCAUGUAACUGAUGUCUUGAAUUUUUGGAAUGUUGAUAUAAAUUUCUUUGAUGGCUUAAAUAGAAUGUUUUCAGCUCUUUUUUGGUAAGUGCUGAUUUUGUCUCUUUUAUCGUUUACUGAAGGAUCAAUGUAAAUGAAAAUAAUUAUUUUAGCUGUAUUGUGUGAUCUUUGCAACGUAUUUGUAAAAAAGUAAAUUUUCUAGUCUAACACUUUAUACAUUGUUAAUCAAAUUGAUUAGAUUUAUAGGCAUGUUUGUUAGUAACUAAGGUUUUCAUUCGGAACAUUAUUUAAGGUUUAUAUCUUAAAUCAUUUGUACAGAAACGAUCAAUGAAUAUAUUUAAUCUUUUAUAUGUAAUUUUGAAUGGAACAAUGUGUUGGAUAACAAAUAUUAAAGUACCUAGUUCCAAUUGUAGAGGGAGCGAAAAUAACUCACAAAUAAUUAGGACUUUCUUUGAAAUCAUUAUUUUAAUAUUUGUAAACAUCAGUGUUCCCAUUUUCCUCCAACAGUUAAUUUAUUGAACCUUAUUCCCUCAAGUAAGUUGUAUUUAAAAUCAGUAUUGGUAAAAUGUAAAUUGUAUAUUGACUGUGUUAACAACACAAUUUUUCUUUAUGUCUCUUUGUUAUUAUUUGUUUUUAUUGUAUUUCUUUUUAAGUAUAUUUUUUAUGAAUAUUUAAAGCUGUUAACUUUAUGUAUAAUUUUAGAAUAGCAGCACCAUAGCUCUAAAUCUGGCACACAGUGUUAUUUCAGGAACAUAUUUACCUUGUCUUAAGUUUACAAAAAUGAGAUAAUUGAAGCUUUAAGCAUGAUAUUGAACUUAGGUUUGUAUGAGCUGUUAAGAUAAUAUAUAUUUACUGAAGAAAUAUACAUUUAUUAUUGUC